AUGAUCGGCACCUCCCACGAGGAAUACGUCUUUAUACGUUUCUUCGUCUUUUUCUUUCGGUACACCCCACUCCUGUACGCGGCCGCACUUGGUUUCCUGCUGCUCCAAAAUGGACAGCAGUCAUGGCAUCGCAUUGCUGUCCUUGUUGUCUCAGCGCUUCUGGGCGCCGAGGCAAUUUUCUAUGUAACGGUUUGGCGGUCGUUUCAACCCCGUCUCACAGAGAAAGCCGUGCACCCUGUACCACUCAAGAAAUCCGAGAGAGAGGAAUUAUUCCACCGGUGUCUUGAAAAUGUAUCCUCACCGGAGCUCUACUUGCGCGGCUGGUUUCUCGGCGCAGAUCUAGACGAUAUCCGGCGCGACAAUAUCCAAGAGUUUCUGCUCUGGGCCUUUUUCGAGCAAGAGCAUGCUGACCCUAGUCUGGGGGAUGAGCUCGAAAACUAUGUCGAUCAGAUUGAGGAGAAGCUGGGGAGGGAGAUCCGAGCAGGCCGUGGUUCGGCCAAGAGCCUCCGUCUCACGUUCGACAACAUCCAAACAACCUAUCGCAGCCUGGCUUGGUAUAUGGUGAUUUUCCUCGUGGACAUGGUCACACACAUCACUCUCUCAUCGCAAGGAUUCCAAUACUUCUCAUCGUCGAAAGCCAGCCGCAGAGUGUUCCCUCCAAGACCUCAGACUCUCUUGGCUCGAAAGUCAAGCGCUUCCAGCCUUGGUUACUGGUACACCCCGCACAGAGGCGACGAAGACACGGUCCCCAUCCUUUUCUUCCACGGGAUCGGGGUCGGUCUUUGGACAUAUGUUCGCUUCCUUUCCGAUCUGAAGACAGCGACCAGCAAGCAGAACCGAAGUCGUGUGGGCGUCAUUGCGAUUGAACUCUUGCCCAUCUCGUUUCGUCUCACUACCCCGCCCCUUGGAAAGGCUGAAUUUCUGAUCCAAAUCAAGACCAUUCUCGACUACCACAAGUGGGACAGAUUUGCCGUUGCUGCGCAUUCAUAUGGUUCCGUUCAGGCGGCUCAUCUCAUCCAUUCACCUCAGCUUCAGUCCAAAAUCGAAUCUGUCGCUCUCAUUGACCCGGUGACAGUGAUGUUGCAUUUGCCUUCGGUGGCCUUCAACUUUACGCGACGAGUCCCUAACGGGGCCAACGAGUGGCAGUUAUGGUACUUUGCCAGCACCGACCCGGGAGUCGCACACUGUCUCGGCCGCCACUUUUUCUGGCGAGAAAACAUAAUCUGGAAGGACGAGCUGCUGGGGAAGUCCAGGAUAGGAGGGGUCGAGGGGAAGAAGAGGCGGGCAACGGUAGUUCUUUCGGGCCGCGAUCUCAUUGUCGAUGUCGCGUCCGUGGCGACAUACCUCCAAACGCAGAGACUCGAGGCCUCAGCCACCCCAAAUGCAGGGGAUGCCGUUAAGGUGACACUAUUCUCAGACUUUGACCACGCCCAGGUGUUCGACGACCCAGCAUCCAGCAGCCAGGUUUCCAACCUUGUCCGUUCAUGCUGUGAUAUCUAG